GAAAUAACUUGCCAUGCAUCAUGUCUGAGUAUAAAACCGGUGCUAAUCGAACCAUACAUACCAUUCACUAGUGCGAUUCGGUGAAUGUUAGAGAAAAGUUGAGUGUCUUUAGUGUAUAUGCGCGUGUUCACACCGCUGCGCCAUGUUGGUUUGGAGGUUUUGGCUGUUUGGUGGUUUAGUGCCGUACGUUCUCGCGCUUAACGAUCAACGUCCAUCAAUCGAUUACACCGGUAUAGUGGACGAGCUCCAAUCACUCGAUACCCGUCAGCUGCGCAACGAAACGCAAUGCGAUCGACAGCUGCUGGCAUUGGUAGCCGGCGUACAGGCGAAAGAGUUUUGGACAGUGAAAUUGCUCGAUUCCUGGGGCAAAUGGCCGGCUGGCAUCUUCUCGGGCAAUUUGUAUGAACUAGGACACUACGAUCAGUGUAUCGAUUUGCGACAUGAGCAUGGUAUGCCUACCGUAGGUACGAUACAAGGCCGCUACUGCUUGCUGACCGUGCCACUCGAGAAUUUGCUACCACCGGGACGUUCUCCAACACAGCGCAUAAUGCCGGGUACGUCUGGAAAAAUAUGGGCCGCACAUUUGGGUGUGUGCAUUCCGGCAUCCUGCACUGCCGAACACUUUCAACAGUUUCUCAACGAAAGCGUUCCCAAACUGCCACCUUUACGGCUUAGCUGUAACGCUAUUCCACCUACACUCGGCUCUGUUCAGUGGGUAACGAUAUCCAUUUUCGGCACUAUUCUCCUGUUAGCGGUAGCGAGUACACUGUACGAAGCUGUCCAGCUAUGUCGGGGACGGACACCGCAUCGUAAUCUGGUAAUCUUUUCUCUCUACUGCAACGGAAGGAAACUGCUGGCGACGUAUCAACGGAACGUACAGGCGUCAUCCGUCAAGUCGAGCACAAUCGACUGCAUCAAUGGUUUAAGAGUUAUAUCCAUGGUGUGGGUUGUAUUUAGCCACAACUACGUUCGUAUAGCCAUGCAGCCCAUCAUCAACUCGCAUGUCAUUCUAUCGUGGCUUGAAUCGUACCACAGUGUACUCGUCGUAUCGUCUACCGUGUCGGUCGAUACGUUCUUUCUGCUGAGCGGUUUGCUUACCUGCUGGAGUAUACUGAACGCACUGGACAAGUGUGGUAAACUCAACGUUCCCAUCAUGUAUCUGCAUCGCUACCUCCGUCUUACGCCGGCUCUGGCCGCUCUGGUACUUUUCACCGCGACACUCAUGAAGUACAUCGGUACCGGUCCGUUUUGGGAUGGCGCCAUGUCACUAACGGAGGACAGCUGUAAGGAGUACUGGUGGUCGGCACUGCUGUACGUGCAGAACUACGUAAAUCCGCAGAACGUGUGUCUCGGCCACACCUGGUACCUGUCCGUCGACAUGCAGCUGUAUCUGCUUGCACCGUUCAUCAUCUAUCCACUGUGGCGUUGGGGGCGCCGUGUAUUGUUCGUGAUCGUGGCACUGAUCGUCGCCUCGAUGGUUGCCGUGUUCGUACUGUUUUACGUGCACCAUUUGCGGCUAUCGUUUCUGGCAGUGGAUGAGGAACGUUUGCGGCACGUUUACACAUACUAUCCAACGCAUACGCGUGCCGGUGCCUGGUUGGUAGGAGUGAUAUACGGGUACGUGUUGCAGCGCACUAAGAAACACUACGUCCAGCUGUCACGCUGGUUUGUCGCGCUUGGCUGGACGCUAGCGGGUGCCGCCAUGUUGGCGAUACUGCUCGGCGAUCAUCCAAUUCAGCAGCCGGACUAUGACACCUUACCGCAGGCGGUGGAUGCGAUUUACGAGUCACUCAGCCGGGUCAGUUGGGCCACUGCCGUCGGUUGGAUUGUGUUCGCGUGUGUUAACGGGUACGGAGGACCCAUCAACGACUUUCUCGGUGCAACCGUCUGGCAACCGCUUGGCCGCUUGUCGUACGCGAUCUAUCUGCUGCAUCUGCCGAUCCAAACGAUGCUGGCAGGAUUUGCCCGCGUGCCGUACUACUUUACUGAUCUGCUAGCCGUGUAUCAGUUUUGGGGUGACAUUGGCUUCACGUUGACAGUCGCACUACUUUGGACGCUUCUUUUCGAGUCGCCAAUUAUCGGACUGGAACGGAUGCUGUUUGGACGUGGACGAGAAACAUCAAAGCACACACCAGAGAAGCCCGAUACAGCAACGAAUGGCGAAUCCAGAGUGAUACCGAAAUCUCUCUCACUAUCAAUUCAAACUGCACGCCUGUAAGCCUUUUUU